CGUGUGUGCAUGUUUGUGACCAGGUGACGAGAGUCCACAAGCACACAAGCAUGCAACACCACAGCUACUGUGCUGAUCCAGAUAGCUGCAGACUAGAUCUACUGUGCCACGGUGAGGUUGAUCAAGCCACGGAGACUUGCACUGUUUGUUUGCAGUUGGGCUUUGGAGUUUGGUGUUACUUCCCUACUUCCUCUCCCGAGGUUGUGAAUAUGCUGUUUAUGAACUUUGGAUGAGUCCGUUUUUCCCAGUCCCAAACCUUACAGCUGUGUUUGGAGAGCUUGUCAACGUUCCCUUCGAGCCACUGUAUAUAUUGUAGGCACGGGUCCAUCAGUAGCAAAGUAAGGCGGCGUGUCAUGUCAGACCGCGGGGAGAGUGAAGAUGAGUUCUUUGAAGCCAACGAAGAGUUUUCGUCGUCAUCAUCCUCCAAGCUGGAGGAAGGCGUGAAGGAGCUCAGCAUCGCAGAGAAGAAUGCGGCCAUCAAGGCUGGAUGUUCAAUGCAACUACCGUGUCGGCAAGGAGGUACUGCAACUGUAAUUGCUGAUGUUCACACUGGGGAGGAAGAUGAUCUGGAAGCAAACAUUGAAGGCAGCAAAAGUGUCAUUACGCAUCUACUGUCCCAGGUUCGUGUCGGAAUGGACUUGACCAAAGUUGUGCUGCCAACAUUUAUCCUUGAGCGCCGGUCCAUGCUGGAGAUGUAUGCUGAUUUCUUUGCGCAUGCGGACUUGUUUGCAAGAAUUCCCGAGUAUGAUACGCCGAGGGAGCGGUUUAUUGAGGUGGUGCGAUGGUACAUAUCUUCUUUUCAUGCGGGCAGAAGGAGCUCACUUGCGAAAAAACCGUAUAAUCCCAUCCUGGGGGAGACGUUCCAGUGUAUGUGGGAUGUUCCUGCCACGCACGGUGUCACAGAGUCAAUGCUGGAGAACGGUCCCGUGGCUUGGGCACAUGAAAACAGUGUAUCAUUCAUCGCAGAGCAAGUGUCUCACCAUCCACCAGUGGCUGCAUUCUAUGCUGAGCAUCCUGGCAAGCGAGUAUCUUGUUGUGCACACAUUUGGACUAAAUCGAAGUUCCUCGGCCUCUCAAUAUGUGCUCACCUAGUCGGCGAAGGUACGCUAACCGAUCACGUUCAUAAUGAGACAUAUCGCGUAACGUUCCCGAGUGCGUAUGCCAGGUCCAUCUUGACAACACCGUGGAUGGAGAUGGGUGGCAAGGCAGAAGUCACCUGUGAAAAGUCAGGAUUAUCGGCAUCCAUCGAGUUCAUAUGCAAGCCUUUUGUUGGAGGAACUCGUCAUCGUGUUACUGGUGAACUCAAGGAUGCGAAUGAAAAGAAGCCCUUUAUGUCACUAGACGGCUUGUGGAAUGGUGUAGUUAAUGCCAAGGUCGGAAAUCAGACAAGUGUGUUUGUCGACACAACGACUAUGACAACAGUUCCCAAGCUUGUGCGAGAAUUGGAAAGUCAAGCACCGACAGAAUCAAGACGGCUCUGGAAGGAAGUCACUGCCAAUUUACCGCACAAUAUUACCGUUGCAACAGAAGCCAAGGUUAAGCUUGAGGAAAAACAGCGAGAAGAAGCACGUACACGGAAGGAGACCGGUGCUGUAUGGAAGCAUAAGUAUUUCCAUGGAGACGUGGAGCACGGAUUUGAAUUCAACCACCCUCUUAGUGCACGCCUGUAAUUUGCUGGACAGGCAGGUUCUUGUACACUGACUGGUUCAUGUGUGCAAGCUGAUUAUCUUCAUCCCCCCUGAUGUCUUUCUCUCUUGUCUUCACUUUUUCAUUUUUAUAUAGUCUUGUUUUAAAUUUAUGAAGCCGUCUAAACUUCUAUUUUUUGUUUUGUUUUGUCGCAGGACUUGCUGGCAUUAUGCUGUUUAAUCACGAUAAUACUCACAUCAUGACUCUUAUUUAUUAUCCAGUGAGCAGGUCUGUUGGUAACCUGCUGCUAAUGUCCGGCAACAUUCUUACCUAGCUCUCGUAACGUAGUAGUUGCUUGCUGACAAUAAAUUGACAAUUUCAGCGCCACCGUCUGGCAAUACGAUUCUUAUUGUUGAGUGAAUCAGUUGAGGGAUUUUAGUGACUAGCAGUUGUCCAAUGCGCGCACUAUUGCUGGCUUGCUCUGGCUUUCACUGCAUCUUCACCUCAUAUCUGAUGAUGAUAUUCUUGCUGGUAAGAGCUGCUAGAAAAUUGCGAAGAGUAGUCUACUAUCACCUGGAAGAUGUGUCCCUACACUUUUUCUUUGAUCAACGUCUGUAUGCUAGUUGUCAUGUCUGCAGAAUCAGUGGCCCGUUGAAGUACUUUGCAACUGGUAUUCAUUUUAUAGUUAAUUUAUCAUCUUGCUUUGCCUCCCCAUUUCUGAUUAUCUCUUGUUGUCAUUUCUGCUGAUCGAUUACCCUCUGACAUUCUUGUGGCCGUCGAGCCCACUGUCGUGUUAA